AUGUCUAACAAGACCGCCAAGUCUGCCACUGCUGGUAACGGGGACUCUACUAAGUGGAGUUCCGACGAGAAUGCGAGUCUCCUCCUUCUCAUCAUGCAGGAAGAGAACAAGGAACUAGCUGUCAAAGGCUGGAAGGCUAUUGCUGAAAAGGCCAAGGAGGUAUUUGGUGGCAAGUACACCCUUCCGGCUGUCAAGCAUCAGUUUCAGAAACUCCGCAAGCAGUACCUUGAAGACUGCCCCACCCCUCAAGAGGACUCACAGGCAGGUAGCGAAGCUGCUAAGACUCCCACGAAGGGCCGAAAGCGCACGGCAGCUUCCAUGGAUGGUCCCGACGCCGAAAAUGAUACCGGUACUAAGGCCAAGAAGGCUCGAGUUGCAAAGAAGACAACCAAACGCGCCAAAGCAGCUGCAGAAGACGCUAUGCAGGACGACUAUCCCGGUGAUUCCGACGGAGACGAGCAGAAGCCGGCCAAAGCCACUAAACGCCGCGUCAUGAAGAAGUCCAACGUCAAAGCCGCGGAUGACGAAAGCGAUGAUGGUAAUGAAGAUGUCGAGACCCCUACGAAGCCUAAGCUUAAGAAUUCACAUGCGUCGCAGGCGCAGAAGAAGUCUGCAAUUGACUCCGAGAUGGCUACUAAGCCUGCCUCCGACGCAGAGGAUAGCAUCCAGGCUGGCCAUGUCGACACAGCACCCGAGAACGACCCCGAGGCUAUGCAGACUAACUUUUAA